CACCGCCCGCCCGCCGUGAGGGAGCGGCGGCACCGCCGGCCCCCUCCGCCCCUCCUCCUUCUCCUCCGCCUUCUCCUCCGCCUCCUCCGCCCUCCCCUCUGCCCCUCCUCCCGCCGGAGCGAGCGAGCGAGAUGGCGGCCGCUGGGGCUCUGGCGAAGCACGAGCAGAUCCUGGUGCUCGAUCCGCCCACCGACCUCAAAUUCAAAGGUCCCUUUACAGAUGUAGUAACUACAAAUCUUAAACUACGAAAUCCAUCAGAUAGAAAAGUAUGCUUCAAAGUGAAGACCACAGCACCUCGUCGAUACUGCGUGAGGCCAAACAGUGGAAUUAUUGACCCAGGAUCAUCUGUAAUUGUUUCAGUAAUGCUGCAGCCUUUUGACUAUGACCCAAAUGAGAAGAGUAAACACAAGUUUAUGGUACAAACAACCUAUGCACCACCAAAUAUUACAGAUAUGGAGGCAGUGUGGAAAGAAGCGAAACCUGAUGAGUUGAUGGACUCCAAAUUGAGAUGUGUGUUUGAAAUGCCCAACGAAAAUGAUAAACUGAAUGAUAUAGAUGCAAGCAAAUCCACCCCGGUACUGAACACAUCUAAGCAGGAUGGACCGAUGCCAAAACCACAUAGUGUUUCACUUAAUGACACUGAAACAAGGAAGCUGGUGGAGGAGUGCAAAAGACUUCAGGCAGAGAUUAUGAAGCUGACAGAUGAAAAUCGGCACCUGAGAGAUGAAGGCUUGAGGCUCAGAAAGGUAGCGCACUCGGAUAAAUCUGGAUCACCCGCAGCUUUGGCCCUCAGAGAUAACGGCUCUAAUUCUCUUCCUUCACUUCUUGUUGUGAUUGCAGCCAUUUUCAUUGGAUUCUUUCUAGGGAAGUUCAUCUUGUAGAAAGAAUGAGUGAGAGAAGCAUGCAAAACUGCAGCUUCCUUUUUUUUUUUUUUGUUUUUGUUUUUUUUUUGUUUUCUCUUGGCCAGAAAAAGGUUUGUUUACCUACCACAUCAUGGGUAGUAUGGCCCGAGCGGCCGUUCUUGUGUACAGCAUCAUAACAGGCUUUGCCUUUAAUGAUCUUGCACGGUUAGAAAACACAAUCUGAAAAGACAAACUGUUCAGCUGCUGGACAAAAUUGUACAUUCAGUCAUCAAUAGCAGGUAUCAGUUGCACAGUCAGUCCUUUAUGAAAAUUCAUAAAUAAAGAAUUGUUCUUUCUUUCUGUGGUUUUAAUAAGAAUUCAAAAAUUGUUCAGAGUCUUGUAAAUGUUAUUUUAAUAAUCCUUUAAAAUUUUAUCUGUUGCUGUUACCUCUUGACAAAUGAUUUAUUAGAUUGCUAAUCCCACUCAUUCAGGAAUAUGACAAGAGGUAUUCUGGGGGAAAUGGUGCCUCUUACUGUGUAAAUUUUCUCCUUACCUUACUUUGCUAAUAUCAUGGCAGAAUUUCUUUCUUAUUCCUUGUGAGGCAUUGUUGAGAGUUCUUCAUCCUUAACAGUCCUGUCCCAUAAUAUUUAACAUGACAAAAGAAAUAAAAUUGUUAACAGA